GACGAGAGUCCUUAUCUCAUCCCUUGCUCUCUCUACCACCCACCCCCUCCUCCACCACCAACCACGCGUCCACACCCCGCCACUUGUACAAGUGAUCGUAAUUGCCGAUCGCAGGCACACACGGGCACACACAGACACACAGACACACGUAGAUAGACACCGCGGGUGGUCGCACGAGCGGAUACACAGACAGACAGAUUGCCAGCGUGCGGCUGCACAGUGUCCGUGUUCUGCAACGCUCCGUUUCGUCUUUCCGCUGUCACUGCCAACGUGGAGACAUCGUCUGCCUCAUCAGCAUCAUCAUCACCACCACCACCACCACUCCCCCCCGCACACCGUAUGGACAGACUCGCGGUGCGGCGCUACAGGCGCGCCUGGCAGAGGAAGGAAGCGACGGCCCGAUAUGAGAACGGGAUACGGUGUUAGUGCGUGAAAGUAUAUCAGCAGCAGCAGCAUCAAGAGUACAGACUGGAGAGAGAGAGCGACAAGGUACACGUGGAACGGCGCAGGUACAAAGAUGUCAUGGCGCCCCCAAUACCGCAGCUCCAAGUUCCGGCACGUGUUCGGCCGUCCGGCCAAGCAUUGCUACGACAGCGUGCCCAUCACGCGCAGCGUGCACGACAACCACUUCUGCGCCGUCAACCCCCGCUUCCUCGCCGUGGUGACCGAGUGCGCCGGCGGCGGCGCCUUCCUGGUGCUGCCGCUCCAGCAGACGGGCAAGGUGGACCCGCACUACCCGCGCGUGUGCGGGCACCAGGCCAUCGUGCUGGACAUCAAGUGGAGCCCCUUCAACGACUUCAUCAUCGCCUCGGCCUCUGACGACGCCACGGUGCGUGUGUGGGAGAUUCCCGAGGGCGGCCUGCACCAGCAGCUCACCGAGCCGCUGGCCACGCUGCGUGGCCACUCACGCCGCGUCAGCCUCAUCGAGUGGCACCCCGUGGCCUCGGGCCUCCUCUUCAGCACCGGCUAUGACUGCAAGGUGCUGCUGUGGGACGUGGAGAAGCGCACGGCGGUGCGCUCCUUCGACUGCCACGGCGACAUCGUCCUCUCCAUGUCGUUUGACUGCGCCGGCAACGUCAUGGCCACCGCCUGCAAGGACAAGAGCAUGCGCGUCAUCGACGCCCGCACGGGCGCCGUGCUCAAGCACCGGGACGGCACUCCGCACCGAGCGCAGAAGGUGGUGGUGCUGGGGGACACCAAGAUGCUGGCGUCGACGGGCAUCUCCUGGAGCAACCAGCGACAGAUCGCCGUGUGGCACCAGGAGGACCUCUCCAAGCCGCUGGUGGCGCUCGACCUCGACGGGAUCUCCGGCCUCCUCUUCCUCUUCUUCGACUCCGACACGCGCAUGCUCUUCGUCGUGGGCAAGGGCGACACGACGAUCCGCUACUACGAGAUCAGCACGGAGAAGCCCUUCCUGCACUUCCUCGGGGAAUAUCACUCCCAUCAGCCGCAGAAAGGAAUGGGCAUGAUGCCCAAACGAGGCGUGGACACGGCGGUGUGCGAGGUCUUCCGCUUCUACAAGCUCAUCGUCCCCAAAGGCACCAUUGAGCCCAUCUCCAUGAUCGUACCACGGCGGUCUGAGGCGUACCAAGAGGACAUUUACCCCUUGACUGCUGGGCCCCAGCCAGCUCUGAGUGCCGACGAGUGGCUGAGUGGCGUCAACAAAGGCCCCAUGCUGGUGUCUCUCAAGGACGGGGCCCUGGACGCCUCCACCUCAGUGGUGGUGGCGCCGGGCAGGCCGGACUUGAGCGCCGCUACCGCUGCCGGCGUGCCGCGGGAGGCGGCGCAGGCCCAGCGCUCCUUUCUCCGGCACAUGGAUCCGGUGGUGGUGAACGGGCACGAGGGAGCCAACGACUCCAACGAUAAACUCGACGGCAAGCACCGGCCGCCUCCGGACGACGAUCGGCUGAGGCAGCAGGAGCAGGAGAUCCGCAACCUGCGGUCGCAGCUGGCGAUCCGUGACGCCCGCAUCCGGCAGCUCGAACUCGAGCUCCGGAACCUGCACAACAGCGCGAGCCGUGCCGUCGUCCACCAGCACCAGCGGUACCAGCAGCAGCACCAGCAGCAGGCGCAGCAGCAGCACCAGCAGCAGGCGCAGCAGCAGCAGCAGCAGCAGCAGGCGCAGUUCCCGUUGGCCACCGUGGGGGCCCAAGUGGCUGCACCUCUCUUCUUGACGCCCGCCGACGCGUCGGCCCGGCACCCUGUCCUGGCGCGGUUUAACUCGGCGGCGUCGUCGCACUCCUCGGCGUGAGCCGAGAGCACGCCAGCCGGCAAGCGGGGGCACCGGCGACUGGUAACCGGGGGCACCGGCGACUGGUAACCGGGGGCACCGGCGACUGGUAACCGGGGGCACCGGCGACCGUCAACCCAGCGGCCGGCGCUUUUUUUGUGCUCGGAUUUAAUUGCACCCGGGUGGUCCCUUCGCCGGAGAAUAUUUAGUGGGUCGCCGGUUACCGGACAGCACCGACGAAGAAUCGGGAAGGAAUGGAAUAAAAGAUCGGGAGGCUCUUUCCCUGCAGUGGGAAGUUACGGGCUGACAACAACAACAGCAGCAGCAGCAGCAGCAAUGGUAGACUGCAGACGCACGUGCCUGGCGGCCACGGCCGUACCGAGCGGCGUGCCGAAUGUGGCGUGCCGGGCAAGCCCUGGUUCUGCUGUCCGGCGAAGGGAGCUCCGGCGGGUGAGGUAGAAGACUCCGUCUCAGGUUUUGCUUUUGUUUGUUUUCCCCCGCAUUGCCUGCUGGGUGAGUCCAGCGUCUCAGCUCGGUGGUCGUCGCAGACACAGGGUCGGGCUGUCUACAUCCCCACCCCCUUCCACCUCCUUCCCCGGCUUCCGCCACUCCCCUGAUCAUCACCAACUUUUAGACUUUGGGGAGGAGAAAUCCGUUUAACAUCCUUCCACGUGCCCCCCUCCUGCCCCCGCGUUGGCUGCUCCGGACCGACCACGAAGUCCUUGCUGGUUGCCUGGGAGAGUGGCCGACAUUGGGCGGUUUGGGAACUGUGCGGCUCUGAGAUCACGGAGGGAGGAGGUCUCUCAGUCUGCCUCGUCUGUCUCCGCCCACCCCCCCCCCUCCAGUCUCACUCCCCACCUCGUCUGUCUCACCCCUCCCCUCGUCACUUUUCACACGCAGCUUCUAUCUAACGCAAACGCGCGCCGUGGUUCCCCCUCCCCCCCCCCCCCCCCGCACGCUCCGGGGGGGUCCCUCCGAGGGUGACGUUCGAGGCCGCCGCGGGCGGCCGCCCUUUGCCGCCCUUGCCCGGUGCGCCCCGUUGUGGUGGUGUUGGUGGUGGCGUUGGUGUGCUGGGGAGCAGCAGCGUAGCGGUUAG